AUGGUCCGCCAAACAGCCUGGCUACUGCCCAUCCUGCUCCUGCAGGCUCUGCCGUUCGCGGUAACCCGUCCUACAGCCGUGAACGUGGACAUCCAAGUCCCAGAUGCCUGUACCGAUGGCCAGGACUGCACGAUGAACCUCCACGGCGGAAAAGAUGGCGAUGACGAUGAUGAUGACGACGAUGACAACAACGACAUCACCGACCAGGUCCGUCACAAGCACCACCACAAAGACCAGGAUGGUGAUGACGACGACGACGGUGACUGGGAUAGCGACAGUGAUAGUGACUCCGACUCGGACUGGGACGAUGACAGCGACAGCGACAGCGACAGCGACUCCGAUGAUGACGACGACGACGAUGAUGAUGAUCAUCACCACGGCAAUGGCUGUAAUACGCAGACCAUCACGCUCACCACCAUCGAGCCAGGCCCAACCCAAACCAUCACCAUAACCACAGACGCCACCGCCGGCCUCGUCCCCCCAACCGACUGUCCAACAACGACAACCGUAUCAAUCACCGGCCCAGCCAUCACCAGCACCACAACAGCAACAGAAACAGCCAUCCAAACCGCAACAGUGACAGAAACCGAGUCGGACAUCAUCACCGCCACCGCCACCAUCACCGACACCUCCACGAUAACCCAACCCCCAGUGACCACCACCGAGACAGCAACCGCCACCAUCACCGACACCGACACCAUCUCCUUCACCAUACAUGACACCGAAACCAUCACCAUCCCAGGACCUACCAUCACCGAGACAGACGUCCUAACCGCCACAAGGACCAUCACCGAAACAGACACAGACACUGUGACUCUUCCCGCCUCCACCAUCACUGAUACCUCCACCAUCACCCUCCCAGCUUCCACCGUCACAGCCACCAAAACUGCAACUGCAACAGUAACCAUCACUGAUGAUACCUGUCCAACCGGCACGCCCGGCGGCGACGGCGACGGCGACACCGGACUCGACUUCGGGCAGUGCUCCGACCCGAGUAUCUCAUGGCAAUAUGGACUGGAUAACCGGACAGAGUGGAGUUACAUCACGAACAACCAGGUCGAGUUUGAGCACGGGAGCUCGACGACCAUCGAUACGUUGAUGAACUUUAUCUGUAAUCGGUUGAUUAGCCCGUGCAAUGCGCCGCAGGAGACGAUUGAUGCGUGCUAUAGUGCGGAGGAUGAGGUGAAUAGUAGCGGGCUUGUGGGGCAGGAUGCGGCGGAUUUGUGGAAUGAGUUGAUGGCUUGA